UAUCUGUCAUCUGUAGGAAGUAUUUUUCGAAUGAUAUAUUAAUGAAUUAUUAUUAAUAUUCCCAAAAUUAAUUAUUAUGAGUUUAGUGAUUCCUUAAAUCCUUUCAAAGGCGAUUCAUUAAUGAUUUAUUAUUAUAAUUCAAUCUUGUGAUGAAUGUAUCGUUCGUGUUCGUAGUACAUUUCGCAAUUUGCAUUGAAAGUUGCUUAUAAUAAAUUAGGUUUUAAAAUAAUUAGUAAAACAUAUUUAAGUAAAGUAGUUCGUUAUAGUUCUUAUAAUGUCUGCCAUAAAUGCAGCUCCUAUCACAGCAACUGACAGUUUGUCGCAGGCUUUAAAGGCUAAUAUAAUACCCAACCAGGAGUAUUUAUUGCAGGGUUCAGUUCUUGAUUCAGCUGUUGAAGUGUUACUCCAUCGAUUAAGAGGUCUUUGUGAUAAUGUUGAUGCUGGACCAGAAACAUUUGAUGAUCAAGAAGUUUGUUUUAGUUUGAGAGACCCAAAUCAACAGGCUGUUCCUCUUAUGUUGAGAGUAAGAAAGGCGUUGGAUGCAAGAGAUAUGCCUUAUCAACUACGAUACAUUGGUCAACCAGAUUUAGGAGACAAAAAUAGACCUACAGUUGUAAGAUCUAGCUUAGAUAUUGCCUGCAGUGGAAUGCUUAUAGAGUUUCUAAAUGAACUUGGCUGUAGAAUUGAAUUUGAAUAUAGUGUUAAAGGUUACAUGUUUAGAAAGGGAAGAAUGAAAAUCACAGUUGCUAAAGUAUUCAAGAUUUCACAAAGCUCAAUGCCACCAGAGCCAAUAUCUCAGAGUUAUUUAGUUGAAUUGUCUGUCUUGGCACCUCAAGGUCAAGAUGCUAUUGGAGAAGACAUGCGCGCAUUUGCAGAUCAACUGCGACCAUUAGUACAACUAGAUAAGAUUGAUUAUAAGAGAUUAGGUCACAUGACUGUAACAUAAUAUAAAAAAAAUAUAGAUUGUAUGACACAAUA